AUGUAUGUAAAUGUAUUUUGUUGUAAAAAUACAAUUUUUAUUUUUUCAUCUUUUAAACCAAAAAUAGCUAUACCAAGAGUAAAAAUUUCUAAGACAACUGAAAAUGAUUCACAACCUUUAACAUGUGAAUUGAUAAAAAAAAGAGGAUAUUUUACCCCUGUAUCAUUAUCAAAAAAGGAAGAAAAUUUUCCAUUAGCUUAUAGUUUCCUUGUGUACAAAGGUUAUGAAUUUCUUGAAUUAAUUUUAUCUUUAAUAUACCAACCUCAAAAUAUUUAUUGUUAUGCUAUUGAUAAGAAACAACCAAUAAAAUUUAAAUCUAAAAUUUAUUUAUUAACAAGUUGUUUUAAAAAUGUUUUUGUAUCUGAUAUUGAAUAUAAAAUUUCUAGUGGUGGAUUACAUUAUGGUACUAGUCACAUAGAAUGUAUCAAAAAAAUUAAAACUUUUAAAUGGAAAUAUAUUUACUUAAAAAAUAUAUUUUUUUAUAAUUAUGAUUUUUCUUUUAAACAAGUGUUGAAUUAG